AUGGCACCGAAGAAGAAGACACCCGCGAAGAAGGCGGCCGUGGCCGUCAAGAAGACGAUCGCCAAGAACGCCCCGAUCGCCGCGGACGACGCCGUCGCCGCGGUCCCCAAGGGCGGCGUCCUCAUCGAGGCGUGCAAGUCGUGAAACGCGUUCAAGACGCGCGCGAACGCGGUCGCCGCGUUCGUGGCGAAGGCGAAGAAGGGCGCGGUCGUAUCGAUCAACCCGGUGAAGCCCCGGAAGGGAUGCUUCGUGAUCAAGACGGAGAUGAAGACCGUGGUCGAGCUGUUAAACCUCGCGAGGCCGUUUCCGAAGCUCAAAGCGCUGGACAUGGACAAGGUCGGCGCGGACACGGUCGCGGCGCUCUAAUAAGGGUGGACGACGGACGGGGGAAUCGUUGAUGAGAAUCGGACGAGAUCUGAACUGAACGAUCGAAUCGAUUCGCGGCGGAUCGAGCCGACGAGCGAACGGCGGGGAGACGCGGGGGCACGUGAAAGCGCCGGGGUAAAGCCUGGGACGGAACCGACCGCCCAACCCCGGAACGCUGGAAGAGAAACCCCGCGAAGAUCCCACGCCGCGCGUGAACGGAACGACGCCGCGCGUGCGCGCCGCGGUGAGGGCGAAUAAAUCCUUCGAGCGCGACGAACAAACAGAAAGUGAUGAAAGAGAAGAAACUAACAACGCGUCCGU